AACACCAACAUGGAAGCAUUUCCGGGUUACACUAUGACGACAGAGUUGCAUGUUGUGGAGGUUAUUUAACAUUGCAUGAUGUAGCGACUUUCCCAGGUGUCUCUCCAGGUGUCAUUUGCACUGGAAUAAAAGUGCACUUUAAGCCUGACCUCAUGUUGUUACUUCGGACCACUGCGGGUCUCCGCAGUCAUUUUCUCUCGAGUUUACGCAGCUCCCCCUGCGACUGGAGCGCCUCUAGAACCGCCGCUGCAUACAUCCAGGGCCAGAGCCCAGAAACUCGUAUUCGAGAGUACUUCUACUACAUUGACCACCAAGGACAGUUGUUCCUGGAUGACACUAAAGUCAAGAACUUUGUCACCUGCUUCAAAGACAAACAGUUCCUGGCUUUCUUCUUCAGUCGUCUGCGUGUAAAUCAGAGUGGACGUUACAUGGAGGACUUCCCUUUCCUGUCUCUGUGUGGGAGGGAGAGGAACUUCCUGCGCUGUGAUGACCGACCAGUGGUCUUCACUCACCUGCUGCAAGCCAACACGGGAGAGCAGGAGCUUCUGUCGUUUUGCGGCGGUGCAGAGAAGCUGACAGCGCCCUUCCGCCCAGAAGCGCUUUACAUGCAUCCGACCAGCGGACGAGUUUACCACCCCUGCUCGGAACGGACAGGCAGCGUCGGCCUGGUGAGGUCCGCCCUGGCUAUUGAACUCAGCCCAUUCUUUAUUUACGCUUCAGAGCAGGGCCAAUCGGGACCGCCCACGCACUUCCUGUGGGGAGAACAGCAGCACUCACUGACCAAUGAGCUGGCAGGAAGCUUCUCCACAGUGGAGGAUGACCGUGGAGCAGGAGUGCCUUAAAAUCCAAAUAAAGGAUUGUGUGAAACAAGUCCUGCCAGGAAGAAACUAAACUACUCGUGUUACAUUUCACAUUCUGAUCUUAAUGGGGUGCAAUUAUGAGAACUGCCUUGUCCAGCAAGAAAAACACAGAAAAAACACAUUAUGUAAUUUACAAGCAGAUUAACUUUAGAUUUAAACAUCUUGGCCUUCCUGUUGUAUUUCAUGUGAUGGCCAGCAGGGGGAGACGUCAACUCUUGGAAAAAUCAUAUGAGUAAAGUUUCCUCCUAGUUCCAACAUGACCUUACAUAACCCUGUUACUGUUAAGUAAUAUCAAUGAUAAUACAAAUAAAUUAAUGGAAAAAGCA